UUUAUUUAUCCGCGGAGACGCAGCGCUGUUGUCGCACAUUGAGCUCUGGUCAGAAAAAGUGCAGAAGUGAACGAGGUACCGUCCGCCAGUCAGCACCUGUCACCAUGAUGAAGACGGCUGUUGUGUUCGCUCUCAUAGUCUGCGGGGCUGUCUCAGCACUGUCAUUGGCUGAAGAUGAAAAUAAUUCCGUUCCUGCAAGUGUGAUCCCUGCGAAGGAGUUUAACGCCACGACUACCAUCACGCCUACCACCAUGCCUCCCCCCAAGACUACCACCAAGCCUACCCCUAAGCCUACCACCAAGCCUACCCCUAAGCCUACCACCACGCCUCCCCCCAAGACUACCACCAAGCCUACCCCUAAGCCUACCACCAAGCCUACCCCUAAGCCUACCACCACGCCUCCCCCUAAGCCUACCACCAAGCCUACCCCUAAGCCUACCACCACGCCUCCCCCCAAGACUACCACCAAGCCUACCCCUAAGCCUACCACCAAGCCUACCCCUAAGCCUACCACCAAGCCUACCCCUAAGCCUACCACCAAGCCUACCCCUCCCAAACCCACUCCCCCCACCAAGAUGAAUGUAGGAAACUACAAUGUGACGACAGACAAAAAAGUGAUUUGCCUGGUGGCUCAGAUGGCGCUACAGAUCCGACUGGUAACACCAAAGGAAGAAGGAAACUUCAUUGUUCAGCCAAAUAUGACGGCAGCAAAUGGAGGUUGUCAAGGAACCAAGGCCAACCUUACCCUUGUCUUCAAAGAGGGCAGCAUCACCUUCAUGUUCAACAAGAGCACGGAUAACACCGUCUACGUUGAUGCUCUGUCCUUCAACCUCUCCUACCCCUUAACCGCAGGAGGCAAAACCCGGUACACUGCCAGCAACAAGUCAAUGCAUCUCUUCACUGCAAAGGUCGGACACUCCUACUCCUGCAAGAGUAAAUCAGUCGACAUGGGGAAUGGACUGUACCUUGAUGUCAAUCAAGACAAGAUGCAGGCCUUCAAUCUGACCAAGGACAGCGGGUUUGGCACUCCUGAUCUCUGUGCUGCUGACCAGCCUGACUACCGCGUUGCCAUUGCGGUUGGAGUGACGUUGCUGGUGCUCAUUGUCAUCGUGGUGGUGGCCUACCUGCUGGGCCGCAGGAAGAGGGCCAAUGGCUACCAGUCUCUGUGAAGGGAGCCGGGCAGCCUUCCAUCCAUUCAGAGGUCAAUCCUAUUAAAGUCCGAAGUGUGUGAGGCUGGGAUCUCUCUCAGGGCUAAAGGGCCCUUCCACUAAAACCUAACGUGCCAUUUCUUCUCUUCUUUUAUGCCUUGGUGUUAAGCUGGUGUUAACAGUGCGCUAACUGGAGGUCCCAAGUAUGGUGGCUAGAGUGUGCCACUGGAAUAAUUGUAGACCUUGAAAGUGAUGAUUAUAAUCAUGCUAUUAUAAAUGAAUUCAUGAAAUUCAUGAAUUCAAAGUAAAAUAAAUAAAUAAAUAGAUCACAACUCACAAUGUUGAAGCAGGCACACUGCUUAACUUUAGAUUGAAUUAUAGCACUAAAAACUACAUGAACUCGUUGAUUAAAGUUUAGAAUAUAAAACAAAAGAAACAAAUGAAUUGUCUGAUGAAAUGUGUCGCAGACAUUUCAGCAACAAUUCAUUUCAAUUAUUUUUUAAAACUCAAUUAUGAAUCCAUUAAUUAAAGAGAGAACAUUCAAUAAAUGCAAAUGUAAUAACUACAUUUAAAGUAUCUUUGGUAUUAUCUGUCCAGUGGCACGCUCCAUACAUGUGAGCUCUUCCAAUAGAAGACAACAUCUUUUAGAUUUAACAUGCGGAUGGCCAAUCUUUAUAUGUGAGCAUCUUUAUGCAAAUUACACAAAGUUACAAAUGAGAUGUCAUCGGGCUGGACAGUCCUCUGAAAGGGCAUUUCUAUAUUGGGACGCUGAAGAUGAUGAUUACAUUCUAUACAGACUGACAUCUUCCUAAAUACUAACUACUAAAGUAAAAACUGACCAGAAUGUCUGAGUUCAGAAUCAGUACAGGUUAUUGUCCUACAGACAGUUUAUUAGUGUGUAGUACUGUGAUUAUGAUCUCUGACACAAGACUUCCUUUUAUCAGUCUAACCCGACAUUAUACAAGUAAGACAGAUUCUAUCUAAAUGAUGUUCAGCUUGUCGAAGGAAAUACACCAUAAAGUAAAUGUUAGCUUUUCGUCAUUGUUUUAAGAUUAUGUGGAAAUAUUUUAAAGAAUCAAAUAUUGUGUCCUCUGUCUUCUACGGAUUUUGUUUUUGAAAAGAAGGGAAGUUAUCAUAUCCAUAAUGUUACAGCUGAUUAUACUGACUGUCGACAUUAUUGAAUACCACGAAGGGAAAAUGACAGAGAUGUUAGUCGGGAUUAUUAAAAGCCAACAAUAACUGCACUGAUGCUGCUCCAACUCGAUUGCCUUCGUCUCUGUCAUACAAUACGUAGCUGUAGAUGCAGGGAUGGACUGUCCAUGUGGGUCAGUGAUGGGUCUGCUCUGAUCCUGAUUAGACAUCUCAGGAGUCCAGCUCCUCUCUCACCAGGUCUACUCUCAGACACUUUACUGCCUAAAAGGGAAAAAAGAGAAAAAAAGUCAAGUUUGAGAUUUUGGGAAAUAUGCAUAUUAACUAUUCUAGCUGUUGUUCGUCUUUAUGCUAAGCUAACAGUCUCCCGGCUCUAGCUUCACAUUUAAUUGACAGAUAUCAGAGUGGUAUAGAGCUUCCACCUCUCGACACCAAAAGCAAAUAAGUGUCAAACUAGUCCUUUAGAUAUGCACCUAAGUGGAUGUAACAAAUAAACAUGUUGUUAAGAAAACCGAUGACCACCCGAUGUCCAUCUAGCAUGAUCAGAAGCUCUGGAGCUUCUGAUCAUGACACAUGAUCUAUAUGUUGCACUGAUGAGGCAAAUCAAAUUGAAUUGAAUUGAAAUUAAAAAAUAGUCUUCAUCAGCCCAUCUUAAAAGCCAAAGUCUUAAAAUGCUCAUAAAACAGGUCAUUACAAAAUGCAAACAUCUAUAAUUCAGUGACAACUGAGCAAACGCCAUCUGCUGGUGAAGAUCAUGUGAUAUGAUCGAAAGCUCCAGAACAGCUUCUAAAUAAACCUUAUGGUGAGAUUGUUUUCUGAACUGCUUUCCAAGGUCAAAAAGGAACUUUGAACCUCAAAUCUGAUGCUGCAUUCAGGCGCCUAUCGGAGAUAGAAUUGCAAUUGGGGUACACAAAGUAAAAUGAUUAAAAAAUCACAUUAUAAAGAGAUAGUGGUAUUUAACCGGGCAGGUCCUUUCAGUUUUAUGUACUCAGGUUUUGAUAUAUUCGCUUCUAAAACUUCUGCCACCACUUUAAUAGAAUGAAGGUGAAUGUAAUUGCAUUGAUGCUCAAACCGUUGGAAGAUGGAAUAGUAUUGGUAUAGUAUAGUAAUGGUAUUUCUAGAAUCCAUGUUCCGGUCACCCUGUGUGAUCCAUCUGUCAUGACAUAAUCUGUCAUUGUCAUCCAUCUGUAUCUGUCAGCAAAAGUGUCAAUUUCUUUAAAUAAAAAAAGAAAUGAGCUCCUGUGAGACUAUUUGUAGAGUACCCCGUGUAACCAGGAUAUUGUGCCAGAAAUCACCAGCUGCUGGUACAUGUUUCAGGUUUGGAAGCAGAAAUCUCAAAGACAGAUAUCUCAAAACCUGAACAAACCAAAUCUAUGUGUCUGUCAGAUACCACUAGAGGCAAGUGAGAAAGAUUUUGUACAUCAGGUGACGCUAGUGAUCAGAAACGAGGGACCUCUCUGUAUGAGUUUCUCCUGUUGUUGACUUCCUGUGCCAAUAAAGACUGAUAUAUUUCUAA